AUGCCACUGACCAUGAUCCACAUAUAUAAAUGCUCAGCUCUGCUAUGGCAUUUCCAUUCGGAAUUGCAACAUUUCGAAAAGCAGUUGAAACGUCCUCGAACAAAUGCGAGAACGAUAAAAUGUAUCAUUCAAAAUUACCACCGUUAUGUAUCAGUAUAUCUGGAACUCAUCCAUCCAGACUUCACUGAAAUGGGAGAAGAUAUGAAUGGGAAGGAUAAGGAGAUUCAAGCGAAUGCGCUCCGAAGAGUCGCUUUCUUCGGUGUGACACUGUCUACAAUUGCAACGCUAACCUGUGCCAUAUCAGUGCCAAUGCUCUACAACUACAUGCAACAAAUGCAGUCAGUGAUGCAAAAUGAAGUUGAUUUCUGCAAAUUACGAUCCGGUAAUAUUUGGAGAGAGGUCACUCGAACACAGGUUCUCGCAACAUCAGAUGUCCGAGAGAAACGUCAAGCAAGAUCAAGAUGUUGCGGAUGUGGCAUAGCAGAGCCAGGCCCUCGUGGUCCACCAGGGCCAGAUGGCAGGGAUGGAGCGGACGGAUUACUCGGAGCGCCAGGGAGAGAUGGAGCUGAUGCAGCACCACCAUCAAUUCCACCUGAGAACGACUACUGCUUCGAGUGUAUGGAAGCAGCAGCAGGACCACCUGGUAGGCCUGGACCAAAAGGUCCACCUGGUUUUGCGGGUGAACCAGGAGCAGAUGGUUAUAUCGGAAGACCUGGUCCAAUGGGGCCACCUGGUCGUAUCGGAUCCCCAGGUGCUGCUGGUAGACCAGGAAGCAAAGGACUUCCAGGAGAGCCGGGAAAAGUCAAUGAAGUGGACGGACAACCUGGUCCAGUUGGACCGGCUGGGGACGAAGGAUUAUCUGGAGAGCCUGGCCUUCCUGGGCCGCCAGGUUUGCCCGGUACGCGUGGUCCUCAGGGACGAAUGGGUGAUGCAGGCAAAGAUGGAGCCCCUGGUAAAAAUGGCGCAGCAGGACUGGAUGGACCUCAAGGAAUGCAAGGAGAGCCUGGCACUUGUUCUCAUUGCCCACCACCUCGUACUGCUCCUGGAUAUUAA